AUGAGCGCGGAGCAGACGAUGCCGCGGCUCCAGGACAUGGACCCCGCGUCGAUCCUCCUGAGCCAACGGAUAAUCUUCCUCGGCACGCAGGUGGACGAUUUCAGUGCAGACCUCAUCAUCAGCCAGCUACUUUUACUCGACUCGCAGGACCCCACGCGCGACAUCAAGCUGCUCAUCAACUCGCCGGGCGGCUCCGUGACGGCGGGCAUGGGCAUCUACGACGCCAUGAAGCUGUGCCGCGCGGACGUGUCGACGAUUUGUUUCGGCCUCGCGGCCUCGAUGGGCGCGUUUCUGCUGGCGACUGGUGCGAAAGGAAAACGUUUCUGCAUGCCUAACUCGCGCGUCAUGAUUCACCAGCCGCUGGGAGGGGCGCAGGGAUCGGCCAUAGACGUGGGCCUGCAGGUGCGCGAGAUGAUGUACCACAAGGUGAAGCUCAACAAGAUCCUCUCACGAGUCACUGGCAAGUCAGAGGAACAGAUUGAGAUUGACACAGACAGGGACAACUUCAUGAGCCCAUGGGAAGCAGUGGAAUAUGGAUUGGUGGAUGGGGUGAUGGGCGCCGAUAACCCCAAUCUGGUGGCACCGGUGGGCGAGGUGAGGGAGCCGCCCAAGACCAAGGUGUGGGACCUGUGGACCAUCAAGGAGGCCAAAGAAAGGAAGAACCUGCCGGGGGAGGACCAGCUGCUCAAGAAGUAG